CCGCCGGGCUCUCAGGGGGCGGAGCGCGGGCGGCGAGGCCCCAGUCACGUGCAGACAAGCGUGGCCUGCCGCGGGCGCCGCACCGCACAUUCCGUUGCCCGUGCCGUGCCAUAUUUUGAUGCCGCCAGUCAUGUGACUAAACCGGCCGGCAUUCAGUCAGUCUUGUUCAAACGUUCUGCUGGACCGCUCGCUCGUGCCACUCGUACGUUUCGUACAUUAUACAUGCAGAUUAACGGAAAAACCUUACUCUACUACGGCGUUUGGUUACCGAAAAUGGAUUGCGAGGACCUCACUUAAACAAUUUUGUGAAGUGUGUGUUAUAAAUUCAGGAUUUACAUGAUUGUGCCCGUGUUGACAUUGUGAUCUUUUCUGUUACGAAGUAAAUAUGGAAACAAGGCAUUAUUGGGAGGAGAACGGGCAUGCCGUCAAAUACGAAAGCUACAACACAACCGAAGAGUUCCGGAACAGCGAGCACCUGGGCUUCGCAGUGCCGUCAGAGGACGAGGAUUACCAGGCCGGCUUCCUGAAGAAGGGGAAGGUCGCCAGGCAAGAUCCAAUGUCCCACCGGAUAAUCGAGAAGCGUCGGCGGGACCGCAUGAACAACUGCCUCGCCGACCUCUCCCGUCUCAUCCCACCCGAGUAUCUCAAGAAAGGCCGCGGCCGCGUCGAGAAGACCGAGAUCAUCGAGAUGGCCAUCCGCCACCUCAAGUUCCUGCAGGAGCGAGCCAAUGCGGCCGAGAGAGCGGCGGGCGAGGAGUUCCGAGCUGGGUUCCAGGAGGCACUUGCUGAAGCAGCCAGGUUCCUGGUGGAGGUUCAAGGACACGGGCCAGCUGAUGGGCUAUGUGUGAAGCUAGCAUCUCACCUGCAGAGACACAUGGAGAUGAUUACUAAAGGCGAGGCCCCGCGCGAGAAGCGCCACCCCACCUCCUCCUCGGACACGGCCAGUUCUUCCAGCUCCUCGCACAGCCACGUGCCCCGCGAGGGCGUGAUCGCGCGCCGCCUGGAGCCCCCCCAGCCCGAGACAUAUGACCAGCCGCAGCAGUACCCUAUGGAGUGCGAUAGAGAAGGGCUGAUCUCUAAAGCAGUCCGCACACUCCGGGGUGAGACGGUGCCACGGACUAUGCCGGAUCGCUAUCGCACCGUGGCUAGCGUGGUCCCCACUCCCGAGGAGCCGCCUCCGGAAGGCGAGCCCAUGGCGCUGGAUGGCCGACGCAAGAGGGAACCAACGCUGCGGGCCAUCAGGAAGCCAGAACAUGGGGAGGACUUCUUACAUUCGUACAAGUUCAAGAAUUCUAUUGAGAGAAGGUUUUCGAGGUCACAGGAUUGCGAGGCAACAGACAUGACGGUACGCGGCGCGCCGCACAAGAACUACGGGCACAAGCGGCGACGAGCCACCAAACCUGCCCCUUCGACAACCUCCACCUCCAACUCAGGGUCCACUGAGGAUGCCCAGGACACCUCGCCUCAGGACACGUCGAGCGAGUCCCCUCACCACCACUACGAGAAGCCGCUGGCGCCACCAGCGCAGUACGUGCCUGUUUUCGCGCUCAACUCUCUCGGCAAAUACUAUGUCCCACUGAGCGUGGACUACUCGUGCUUGUCCCGCCACCUCGGGCCGUACGACGUGCUGGACGCGCGCGCCGCGCACCUGGCCGCGCCGCUGCACCCCGUCACCAUCCACGUCAACUUCCAGCCCUGCCUCAACUACCACGUCAAGCGCGAGCCGCACGAGCGCGACUGGCGCCCGGUGUGAACGACGCUUUAGGACUCGUGUGAUCGCCCGGUGGCCGGUGUGGACGCGGCUUUAGGAGUGAUUCGCCCGGUGGCAGCGUGAAGCCCGACCGGUGUGGACGCGGCUUUAGAUGAUGGGUUAGCGAAGUCGCAUCCGCGCCCUCUGUGUUUUCUAAAGAUUAAAAAACGAGGCCACGCCAUUUAGAACAUAAUGUGAGCGGCGUCUGGUGUGAGUUGGACAUAAAGCUUUUACUAGUGGAUCGUCGGAUGUAAAAAAUUUAUUAAGACGAGAUCCUUCGCGGUAACUAUUACCGGCUGCAUGAUCUUCGUUUAACAAAGUGGAAACUAAAAUGGUGAUUAAGUUAUUUCUAAAUAUUGUUGUCUAUAUGAGCGAAAAUACAACGCUACAAGCGACGACAACGUAGUGACAACAGAGUUACUAUAAUUCAUACCUGACAAAUAAUCUGGCCUUAUAGUCAUGGUCAAAUCAAAUAACGCUAUACAAUGUUGAUCACUCUAACACACAUGAGUAAAAUAAAAUAAAGAAACCCAAAAUAUCACAUAUGAAAUUAAAUGAAACACGCUGGAUCCACGGAAUUCAACAAUUUCAAACUUCAUAUCUGUGUAACGCUCCCUACGAGAUUAUUAAAAAGGUAUUGUUUACUUAAUAAAAAAAUGCCUACCAAUGUGCAGUGAUUGGAAAAUAAAUGGACACGUAGACUAUGUGCCAAUCUAUCUAGUGCAAAGACGAUGUUAAGUUUAAUCGGUAAAGGAAUUAAGUCAUUUAAGAAAUAUUAUCUAUUUUUAUUCGGUUAGUUACAGUGACUUUGGGGACAAAGAGUUGAGACAAAGGGGAUGGGAGUAGAGUGUAAGUAUCGAUGACAAUAAUCGAUGUUCGGUUGGUGGAAUAUUAAAGUUUAAGUUUUGAUGAUUAUCAGUGGCCGGUCCAUACAGAGCGCGCAGCAUCGCGAGGCAAAAUAUCAGUGUAGACGACAGUAGACGUGCAAAGAAACCGCCUUGGGUUGGUCAGUGUAGAGACGUGCCUCGCGACGUUCGCUGUGAGUGGACCCGCCUGUUGUAACAGAACCCUGUUUCACAAAGCUUGUACCUACCACUUCGCAACCAGUGUAACGUAAAAUUUGCCUACUUACGUUGCUACUUACUUGGUAUUUUUCCUACAACAGUUUUGACAUAAGAAAUACCUUGACAAGUCUGUAUUAAACCUGUAAAAAAAAAAUUGAAAUAUUUUUUAUUCAGAAUUUUAAAGCAACCUAUAAAAAAAAAUAGGCACCUUUUAUGGGAGACGGUUGUCCCUGAUUAUUAUCCAUUAAUAUCAUGUUAAUAUUUGUAUUAAGAAGUGGUGAAACGGGUUUUAAAUUAAAUAUUCUAUUUUAACAGAUUAUAAUAAAUGCAAAUACUAUGUACCUUUUGUAGUAACUAUAAAACGGUACGGUAUCAUUGUUAAUCGCAAUGUACUUAUAAGAGACACUGACUGUACCUUCCAAUGUUAAAUAUUUGGAAAAUUUUAUACGUAAUCUUAGAUAUCAGAUUUUUAAAAUAAAUAUCUAAGUAUCAAUGUUAAUAUUUAUUGAUAAUAUUAACUCAUUCCAUAAACAGAUAUGCUAUUUUGUUAACAUUUUGGUAUU